AUGGAUGCACCCCUGAGGACCAAAAUCCCCAAAUUCACCAAGUUUGUUGGGGAUACUACUGAGUCUACUAUCGAACACGUGGCGAGAUAUUUAAUCGAAGCUGGAGAUAUGUCAAACAAUGAGAGCCUUCAGAUGAAACUUUUUCCAAGUUCUCUUACAAAGAAUGCUUUCACAUGGUUCAUAAAUUUGCCCCAGAAUUCGAUCCACUCAUGGAACCAACUGGAAAGAUUGUUCCAUGAGCAUUUCUACAUGGGGCAAACGAAGAUAAGUUUGAAAGAGCUGGCUAGUGUCAGACGAAAAUUCACUGAGCCAAUAGAUGACUACCUGAAUAGAUUUCGACUGCUCAAAGUCUGGUGUUUCACGCAAGUACCAGAGCAUGAACUGGUCGAAAUAGCCGCUGGGGGCCUUGACUAUUCGAUUAGAAAGAAAUUGGACACUCAAUACCUGAGGGAUAUGGCCCAAUUGGCUGACAGAGUUCGACAGGUGGGGCGUUUAAAAGAAGAAAAGGCUAGGACGAACAAAGGUAAAAGGCUAGCCUAUGUCGAUUUCAGGAAAGAUGACAAAGAUUCAUGUCAUGAAGUCCCAAACUUCGACGACACUGAGAUCAGCCUUGUUGAAUUGACACAAGGGCCACCUUAUGUGUGCAAAGUUCUAGCUUCUUCGAAUGGGAAAAACCCUGUCGAACCUGAAAAGAAUGAUAGGUUUCCUAAGGAAACAUAUACCUUCGACGUUACAAAAUGUGACGAAAUUUUUGACUUACUAGUCAAAGAUGGUCAGAUGAUAGUACCUCUGGUUGCUAAAGUACCCCCUUCAGAACAAAGAAAAAAACUAGGGUUUUGUAAAUACCAUAGUUUUUGGGGUCAUAAAACGUCUCAAUGUUUUCUUUUCAGGGAUCUGGUGCAGAAUACCAUCCAAGAAGGAAGACUCAAGUUCGGUGACAAGCCACGGAGUCAGAUGAAAAUCGACUCCGAUCCUCUACAGAUCGUUGAGGCUCAUUACACUUAG